GGUAAUUCCCUCACCUCCAUCCUCAAAUCCCCCAUAUGAUCUACGGAUUUGUACUCAUCAUCCUUACCCAAUGACCUCUUGUUGAAUAGAAACGAUCUGAGAUUCAUUAGUGAAGAGCCUCCUAUCCAAUCACUCGAGGAAGAGGCACGAUAGCCACAAUAUCCGACUCGGUCGAGAUUACAUCCCCAAUUCCAUUCGUCUGUGCACACCAUCUUAAACUUGUUACAAGCUGACAGUGACUUGAAGGGAUGUUUGUAUUAUCGAUGUUUCAAUAUGGAGAUCUCCAGAAGUUGGAUGGGUUCCCUGGCUGUAAAGCAAUACAGAUCCUUGACCAGAUCUUCCACUCUUAAAAGCUUGAGGAACUUCAUAAACCCCGGAUAAAAGCCUCUAUCAAACUUUAUACUUGCCAUAAUUUACUCGUCAUUUCUACGGCUGAUAUACCAUUGAACUUCUUAAUACCGAGUUCAGAAUAUCGCUAUCCAAAAUCAUUCUCACACAGUCUCAACCAUGAAGUUUUUAUGUCUUUGCGGAGCAUACGGAAGCUCAGAUAAAUUUAGAGUGCAGCUUGCUCCUCUUAUUAAGGAAUUAGCGUCUGAUGAGACUGCUGAAUUAUUCUUCGCUCAUGGUCCAGUCGACGCCUUCCCCCCCGAGGGAUAUGAAGAUUAUUUUGGCCCGGGGCCACAUUAUCGAUUCAUAAAGCCUGGUAAUACAGAAGAAGGGGGAAGUGAUCUUCUUGACCGUAUUCGAAACUUUCCUAAGGGCGCAACCGCAGAAGAUCAAAUGCGAGAACUGAUGAGAGGUGGAAUUGGUUCCGCCGUUCCUGUCCCAAAUGCCGACGGCACUUAUGGUGAUGAGAGUGCACAAGAUGCGAUGGAGUACUUAUACGAUAUUAUGCAAGAAGAAGGACCUUUCGAUGGAAUCAUUGGAUACUCAGAGGGAGCCACUGUUGCAGGGACGCUACUGUUGCAUGAACAAAAAAGAUUCGAAGUCGAGGGAAGAACACCAAUGUUCAAAUGUGCUAUAUUUUUUGCUGGAUGGCCUCCAAUGACGCCAGAAUUUGAUGGAAUUGUUCUUGCGGAUGAAACCGAUCUGACAAUCACCAUCCCAACCGUUCACAUCAUUGGAUCUUUAGACCCAUAUCUUGCAGGAUGUAUCUCACUCUACAAUGUGUGUGAUAUGGACAAUGCAUAUCUCUUCGAUCAUGGAAAAGGCCAUACAUUGCCCAGAGACCCGGAGACAGUCCGAGAGCUUGGCAACAUAAUACGCACGAUGGGCUCAAAUAUCGGUCUUCUAUGAGGUAUCAGAGAGACAAUGCAUUGAAAUGUUUAUGUCAAAUACCCGAUAAAAGGCAUUGCACCCUUGUAGUGAGCAGGCCUCACGCAUGCUAUGGAGGUUGGGAUUGCCAGACCAUAGACCAGACACUUUUUUCUUCAUUUCAAAAUUUUAAUUAUUACACGAUACCAAAUUUAGAGGCGACUUGGCAGGAUCUAAGACGUUAUUACGACUAUUAUAUUUAUAGUAUAUAAAUUUUAUUUCAUCAAUUGGCAGAAUGUUUGUUUGUGAUGCCAUUGCGCUGGUGUUUCGCCCACCGUUCGACAGAACAAUUAUCAUUCUCGCUGAACCUACA